AUGGCAUCUGCAACCCCGCGUCCAUUGGAAGGCAAGUUUGGCAUCGUAACUGGGGGAUCACGAGGCAUUGGCGAAGCUAUUGCUCGCAACCUGGCUAGUAAAGGAUGUUCGCUUUUGCUCAACUACACAUCCGAGUCAUCACGAGUACGAACCGAGGAACUCGCCUCUGCACUUGUCAAGGAUCAUUCCAUCGGCUGCAGCAUCGUCAAGGCUGAUCUUUCUGAUGCUGCCACAGCGAGCAAUGUCAUCAUAGACGCAUCGAAGAAACACUUUGGCGACAAGCCUCUCCAGAUCGAUAUCCUAAUCAACAAUGCUGGUGUCUCACAAGAUAGGAAGCUUGCUGACCCUACCAAAGGUCCGAUUGAUGCGGACUAUUUUCACUGGCACUACGAUAUCAACGUACUUGCACCGUUGAUUCUCACACAAGCGUGUAUUCCAUUUCUACCGCACGAUCGAUCAGGGCGCAUUGUAAACAUUUCAAGUGUAUCGUCGAGUCUUGGGUUCGAAGGCCAGUCGGUAUAUGGUGGUACCAAGGCUGCCUUAGAGGCGAUGACUCGAACCUGGGCUCGAGAGCUGGCGGAUCGAGCGACGGUUAACGCGGUUAACCCUGGCCCAGUGAUUGGUGAUAUGUAUUUCUUGACAGGAGAAAAAUUCUGGAAAGACCUGCAAGGCUGGCAAGAUAACACGCCAUUGAGCAAAGUUGACCCCAACAGCAGCGACUUGGAAGAUCUAGAUUCGGAGAAGAUCCAGCUGAUACACGAGAAAAUGGGUGGUCGACGGCCAGCAUUUACGAGCGAGGUUGCUGGGGUGGUGGCUAUGUUGUGCACAGCUGAUGCAGGAUGGAGUACCGGCAGCGUUAUCAAUGCCAACGGAGGCAUGAGAAUGACUACAUGA